GCUCGUCUUGUACACGGUAUCCAUAUUCGUGUUCGACCCAUAGUUCCAGAGACUUUUAUCCUUCAUCAGUGAUGGCAAAGAUUGUGUUUACAUGAAAAGUGCUGUGGUUGUUUGACAGAUGCGUAGUAACAAGAUCAGCAAUGGAUACACUAGGAAUUAUAUUUGAGCUUCAGUGGAAGAAGAAACAAGGUGUUGCAGGCAGUGGAGAAGAUAUCGCAAGUAUUGGAAUAUGGGAUAUGCCAGAUGCAUCACUCGACUGGAUGAGUUUCAAAUCUUAUUUGUCUCAAAACUUAGGAACAGCAGAGGACGUCAAUUUCUCUUACGUAGACAGUGAAGGAGAUGAGAUUCCAAUACAAAGUGAAUGUGAAUUCCAAGAGGCAUUAAAGUUUGCUCGUCAGAGGGCUCGCCGAGGGAGAGGAAUUGUCUUGAAGCUAGACAGACCGAAUGUAACAGAUAAUACCAUUCAAAACCCCCAGACAGAAACUUCAGUGCAGGGUGUCACAGCAAAAUUUUCAAAACUUGGUGUUGUACGUCGACAUGAAAAACCAAAAUCUGCUAAGCCAGCCAGCACACGACCAGCUGCUAAAAUACUUGCACCCGUAGAAAAAGCAAAGCGCAUAGUUGCAGCUGUAGGGUCAACACAGCCACCAAAAAGCAACAAAAUUAACUCAGAGGAGAUCAGGGAUGAUAUUCCACCCUUGUGGUUCAAAAGGUACAUGCACAAGAUGAAAGGUGAAAUAGUAGCAGAAGUUACUUCACAGGUAACAUAUGAACUUCAUCAAGCUAUAGUAGACCUGAAGAAAACCUGGCACAGUUCAGAAAAAACAUCAACUUCUAUAGAUGCAUCAUGCACAAAGAAGAAGAAAAAGAAGAUAUCUGAUGAAGAAUCAUCAGAUGCAAAUGUUGUUGAGCAGAGAGAGUACAAGCUUUUGAGAAAAAUUGAAAAGCUCCAAAAAAGAGAGAAAAGGCUUGAGAAGAAAUUGGAUGCUAAAUUAGAAAAGCUGGAAAAUAGAACAAAACGAAUGCUCGAAAAAAAGUCGCAUUCAAAAUCACGCAGUGAAACUUUACCUGAGAAGAAAUCAUUAAAUAGGAAACGAGUGGAUGUUCCUGUUGGUACAUACUUAAUGGAUGCUGUUCUGUUAAAUGUUGGAUCAAAACCAGAUUUACACAUCAAGCUUGGAGAAUCUUUUACAAAAGUUUGGGAGAUCAUGAACACCGGCACACUGCCAUGGACAGAUAAGACGGAGUUGAGAUUGGCUUGGGGAACAACUGGCUUGGAACCACAAGUAACUACUGUUAAAUGUCCUGCUCUUGAGCCUGGGGAACGUGGACAGAUAUGUGUUACAUUUAAAGCACCAGAAUUUGCUGGAACUUUUGAAUCUUACUGGCACUUCUACCAUAUGGGUGUUCGAUUUGGCCACUGGAUAAGCUGUGCUAUUAUUGUUGACCCAAAUGAUGAACCUCAGAAUAUUUACAGUGGAUGUGAUAGCGGCCCUGCAACAGACAAUUUUCUUGAAAACUUUGAUAAUAAAUCCAGGAAUGAUCAUGCAGUUGACCUUACAGUUCGAUCAAAAUGUGAUGAAAUAUUUGAGUCUGCUUCAUUGUCAAAGUGUGAAACUGUAUCUUCUAAUAUCAUGAACAGUAAUGAGAAUCAGAAAAAUCCUGAAUAUGAGAGUGAUUCUGAAUCCGAUAAUAUGAGUAUUGUUUCACAUACCAUAUCAGUUACUUCAGAAUCAGGAGAUGAAGAUAAAUUUGUUGUUGUUUCCAUGCCAGCUUCAUCAACAACUGAAGACAAUUGCUGUGCUGCCAGUGACUCAAGUGAGAUGGUAUUAAUAAACCCUGAAAGUUCUACGACGACAACAACAAUGACAACAACAACAGCAACAACAACAAUUGUCACAACAGCUGCAACAAGUAUAGUGUCAACUACUAGCACUACCCCUAUUGUAUCAACAACCAGUGCUGCUAGUUGUCUUCACCCAAAAAAGAGUGGUACUGAAGCUAUUCAGGCAAGACAGCAGAAAAAAAUGCCUAUGGAAGACCAGUCAGCAGAUUCCUCCACAAGUGAGAAACAACUCAGUGAUAUGGCACAAAGCUGUAACGCUACUGUGAACGCAGAAUGUGGUGCCUCACAGUUCAACCUUAAAAAGGAAUUAAUGGAGCCGUCACGGAAGUCAAAGGUUUAUUCUACCUUUGAUUUGCCUCAUACUUUGAAAAAUAAUGGAAACUUGAAGAACAUAAUUUUUGCUGUUGAUACAAGAGGAAAAACUGUACCUAUUAAAGUAACAAAUAGACCCAAGAAACUUAACGUAAAUAAUCCAUCAUCACUGUCUUCAAAUGAUAGUAAAGCCAGUUCAGAUGAACAAGUAGCAUCAAUGGAGAACUGUGAAGAAGCAAACGCUGAAAUGAACACGACUACCACCAAUCAUGUGCAUGAAUUCAGAUAUGAAGCACCACUUCAUCAUGCAUCUCAAAACGACAGUGAGCAUUCCCAGCCCACAAGUCCUAAACGUGAAGCACAGAGUUCGUUAACUGAAAACAGUGCAAAUAUUAUUCACAUUUUGCCUGAGACAUUAAUGACUGGCGCCGUGAAUGUUGCAACAUCAGCAUUCAGUACUGCUAAAGCUGUAAUAAGCAAUCUUCGCACAAUUCCUGCAAGGACUGCGAACAAUGCAUCCUGGGAAGCAGGGGCACCACCUCAUUCUUCAGACACUGGCCUCACCACUUCACAGUGCAUGGCAACACUUACUGAAAUGGGCUUCACCAACAAGGAACUAAAUCUUUCACUAUUGAAUCGCUGUGAUAAUGAUAUUUCCCGAGUAAUAAGCGUGCUUCUCUCAUAUGGUGAGGAGAACAACAGUCUAGAUUAAAACUUGAGUUGUUUUUUUUAAUGACUUAUUAAAUUGUUUGUAAGUAUAGCUUUGACUUUAUUUACGUAUGGCAGUAAAUAGUUAUGGCUAAGUAUAGUAAAACGUAUGUAAACAUGUAUGUUUCAAACUUUGAAACUUUCUCAAAGUGAUAAUAAUUGUAUAUGCCAUGUUCCCUUUAAAACAGAAUAUUUACUUAUAAUGUAAAUUGUAUGUAGUGGUGGUUUCUUUGCCCUCUUGAUGAUCUUUGAUGUGUAUUGAAGCUUGUAUACUGAUUGGUAGUGUAGCAACACUCAAAAUAAUAUCAGAAAUGUUUCCUUCUCGUUCUGAUAUCCCUGUGUUACUGCAGUUCUUUUUUCAUCAGCUGCAGUUCAUUUGUUUUUGCCUCUAUGUGUAGUCAAUAUUUACAGGAAAGAAAUGUAUUAAACAAUGUGUGUCAAGUAGUUUGUAUGUGAGGAUAUAUCAUUUCUCUUUAAGUGGAAGAGCCAAGCAGUGGAUAGGUUUGUAGAAGACUCAUAAAAUGCUCAGCUUUUGGACAAAGCCCUUCUUCAGAGAGAGCAGCUUUAUUUUCUUCCAGUGUUACAGUCAGACUGAUAUCUCCUAAGCGUUAAUUUCCAUUUGAACUUGUGCCUGUGUGCUUCUCACCCAUUGCUGGUUUUAUUUUCUGCUCUUUGUAAAGAAUCAAGUUAGUUACAAUCAUUACUGCCAGAGUGGACAUAAUUUCAUAUGAAAAAUUUAUCUGCUGUACUGUUGAUUAUAAACAGUUUAUAUGACUGGAAUGAAAGCUGCAACAAAUGUUACAGUUAAUUUUUAAUCUUUUGUACUUGCCUACAGGUCAAUAAAAUAUCUUUUACCAUCUCUCUGUAAGACCAGGAGGGAAAGAAAGGUGUAAUAUAUGGAAGAUAUUUUCAAAGAAAACGUUAUGAUCUUAUUCAUGUAUUUGUAGAUGGUGUGCAGUACUUAUGAUUGUAUGUUAUGCAAACGUCAUCAGCAUUUGAAAGUUUUAUGAUUAAGGUUGGUUGUGUAGCUCUUAAUAAUUUUUUUGUGGAUUUUAUGGUUAUCUAUUGAAAUUUGUGAUGAUCUGACUUUUAAUAGUUGAGAUUCUGUGAUAAUUCUUGAUUACUUUUCUUGUCAUAGUGGUAGUCUGUAGUUUAUAACAGCUGGACCGUAGGUACAGUAUCAUAAUGCUUUCUGUAAAUUAAAUGGUCGUAACUGAAGUAAAUAUGAAAAAUUCAGACAUCAAAUUCUCUGUCUAUUAUUUUAUUAAUACAAUGAAGUAUUCUAAAUAGUCCAAUUAGAGCUAUUAACGCUAUGGUAGGACAAUUCCAGUUGUAGUAGACAUAUUUCCAACAGUUAGUAGUUGUUGCAACUAAUAAUCAUAUCCAUUACUUAGAAUGAAACCAUUUCAUUUGCAUAUUAUAAUUUAACAGUAUUGCACUUAAAAUUGACAUAUAAUUUGCCAUCCUUCUGCAAUAUACAUUUGGAUUAGUGUCAGCAUACAUAGUUUCAGCAAAUAGUGUAACACUCUGAAGGUAUCAGUACCAAUUGCGAGAAACACAACGUGUAGAGUAACUUUUACUUACAAAUUAUCAAUGUAUGUGAAUUGUAGUAUGGAUUAAAUUGUAUCAUUAGAUAGUAUAAAGUAGAUAUUUUCUUUUACAGCUAAAGUUUCAAAAAUAAAAAAUAAAUAAAAUUCUUUUGUGUUUGAGUACCAGCUGCCAGUAAAGAUUUGAUAAAUUAUAAUCCAGAAUUGGGGAUUAACUGUGUAGACACUAGAUUGGCUUUAUGAAGUAUUGAAGUAUUUUAUUCUGAAUAUAAUACUCUUCAGAGUAUUAUUUUGGAAAUAAAUCUUCUUGAUGAUCUAUUUUAAAUUUAUCAAUGAACAACUGAUACACAAUAUGAAUUAGCUCUGUGGGUUUAUAACACUUAUUUUCAACUAUAAACACACACACACACACACACACACACACACACACACAGAGAGAGAGAGAGAGAGAGAGAGAGAGAGAGAGAGAGAUUUCUGGUAAAAAGAAAAUGUGUGCAAAUUGUAAGGAUGAAAUUGGGAAACUAAAUGAUCAUGUGUCUAGUCUAUAGUUUACGACCUAUGUGCUAAAAAUUGAUAAGAGAAACUUCAAGUUGCAAAAUUUGAAUGGCUGAUAAAUCAAAAUAUGCGGAAAUUUGUACCAGAAAUAUUGCUGUUUGCUGAUAAAUGGUCCAAAGUGUGUUGUGAAACAUAUACGAUUAGCUCAUGCAGUUUCAAAAUAAUGACUAGCUGUCGUGAUAGGUGAAGUAAAAGUUAUUGUCCAGAACACAUUUAUUAAAACUUAUUGGCCUGUCUCCCAGUAUAGAAACAUUUUGCCCCCUUGGCCUCCUGCUCCUUGCACUUAGAGCCCCCUCUUGUACCCCUUGCCUUACAUCACAUCUGCCAGCUUCAGAGGGUGCGUUCACUACCCCACUGAAAUUUGAAAUAUAUCUUAGAUAACAAAUGUAAGUAUUUAUUAUAUUUAUGUAGAGUUUUGUUACUUGUGUUGUCAUAGUAUCCAACAAAAUUUGAUGUGAACAGCAAAACAAAAAAUAAAAGGAAACAAGAAAAGGGUGGCUAAAUAAUGUUGAAUCAAAGGACCAAAUAAAUUUUCAGUUUUGUUUAAAGGAAUAAAUUGAAACUUAAUAAUAAUAAUAAUAAUAAUAAUAAUAAUAAUAAUAUGCUGAAGGCACUUAACUACUAAACUAUCAAAGUAAAAAUAAUAAUAGUAAAAAUUCACUUCAUAAUGAAUUACAUAACAUUCAUGAAAAGUGUCUACCGACAUGGUUAGCAUUAGUUUCAUGCCAAUAGUUUUAGUUUGUGGCAUUAAUUAAGUAUAGCUAACACUGAAGACUCUUGUUAAUGAAAAUGGCACGUAAAAUCUGUUUUCAUGGAAAGUGUGUAUUAAUUCUAUAGCACCACAAUUUGUUCUGUAGACUUGCACGUAUGUGUCUAUAACUUACUGUUUUAUCUUUCAAACAAUUAUAACAGGGAAUCUAUAUUCCUUCACAAACAAACGAAUUAUACGAGAAAAGUUGUGGUUGAAACACUCAAAAAAAGUUCUUUAGAAGAGCGCAGAUUCGAGUCGCAGAGUACUGAUCACAGAAACAGAGACUCUUACAAAACAAAUUCCUGUAAAUUUUCAGCAAAAUACUGUCACCAGUGUUGAUAUAUUGAAUAUUAUUGUUACAUAUUUUACUAUAAUUACAUGUUUUUGUAUUUAA